AUGGGAUCAACAACAAUGCCCCUUCCAUCUUUCCCCGUCGUCCUCCUGCUCCUCCUCCUCGCCACCGCCGCCGCCGUUGCCGCCGGAAGCAACAAGGCUGAGGAGGAGGUGGACGACCUCCAGUACCUUAUUGACAACUCCGACGACAUCCCCGCCAACGAACCCGACGGGUGGCCUGAUGAGGGCGACGACGACGACGACGACGACAACCUUCUCUUCCAAGAUCAGGACCAGGACCUCCUGGGCCACCAGCCGCAGAUCGACGAGACCCACGUCGUGGUCCUCACCGCCGCCAACUUCUCCUCCUUCCUCACCGCCACCCGCCAUGUCAUGGUUGAGUUCUACGCCCCCUGGUGUGGCCACUGCCAGGAGCUCGCCCCGGAAUACGCCGCCGCCGCCGCGCAUCUCGCCGCCCACCCUCACCAGGCCGACCUCGCCCUCGCCAAGGUCGACGCCACCGAGGAAACCGACCUCGCCCAGAGGUACGACGUCCAGGGCUUCCCCACCAUCCUCUUCUUCAUCGACGGCGUCCCCAAGGACUACAACGGCGCCAGGACCAAGGACGCCAUCGUCGACUGGAUCAACAAGAAGCUCGGCCCGGCCGUGCAAAAUGUCACCAGCGUCGACGAGGCCGAGAGGAUACUCACCGGGGAUGACAAAGCCGUCCUUGCCUUCCUCGACACUCUAUCCGGUGCUCACAGUGAUGAGCUUGCUGCUGCUUCAAGGCUGGAAGAUAGCAUCAACUUUUAUCAGACUACAACUCCCGAUGUUGCUAAGCUUUUCCACAUCGACGCAGCAGCAAAGCGGCCAUCCGUAGUACUGCUGAAGAAAGAGGAGGAGAAGUUGACCUUCUAUGAUGGGGAGUUUAAAGCAUCAGCCAUUGCCAAUUUUGUGUCUGCUAACAAGCUUCCUUUGGUUACCACACUAACUCAAGAAACUUCCCCUUCUAUUUUUGGCAAUCCAAUCAAGAAGCAGAUUUUACUAUUUGCUGUUGCAAGGGAGUCCUCCAAAUUUCUGUCCAUCUUUAAGGAAGCAGCAAAGCCAUUUAAGGGAAAGCUAUUAUUUGUCUUUGUGGAGCGAGACAAUGAGGAAGUUGGUGAACCAGUUGCCGACUACUUUGGUAUUACUGGACAAGAGACCACAGUUCUUGCUUACACUGGUAAUGAAGAUGCUAAGAAAUUUUUCCUUGAUGGUGAGGUGUCACUUGAAGCCAUUAAGGACUUUGCUGAAGGUUUCUUGGAAGACAAGCUUACACCAUUCUACAAGUCUGAACCAGUACCUGAAUCUAAUGAUGGGGAUGUCAAAAUUGUUGUUGGGAAGAAUCUGGAUCUAAUAGUUUUGGAUGAAUCAAAAGAUGUACUUCUGGAGAUAUACGCACCAUGGUGUGGGCACUGUCAAUCGCUGGAGCCUACUUACAACAAACUAGCCAAACAUCUACGUGGUGUUGACUCCCUUGUGAUAGCUAAAAUGGAUGGUACUGCCAAUGAGCAUCCACGUGCAAAGUCUGACGGAUACCCAACGAUUCUCUUCUAUCCAGCUGGGAAGAAAAGCUUUGAGCCUAUCACUUUUGAGGGGGAGCGGACAGUGGUAGAUAUGUACAAGUUCAUCAAGAAACAUGCUAGCAUCCCUUUCAAGUUGAAGCGCCAGGAGUCAAGAACUGAGAGCACUCAGACGGAGGGUGUGAAGAGCUCUGGUACGAACCUGAAGGACGAACUGUAG